UUUUUUUAGGUUGUUCUCAGUCACGUGAACUUGUUCCCAGGAGGCAGGCGGAAGAGAAUAUGAAGGCAAGGAGCGAGAAAGCGCUUGUCCCGAAGGCAGACUAGCGACUGCGGCGGCGAAUGUUUCUCAAGAAGAAAAAAAAAAAAGCCUAAAUCAUCCAUCUGCCUUCCUAGGCCUUUUCAGUUGUAAUGGACAAGGAGAUGAAAGAUGAGGAGAGCUCAGUCCCAGCUGCAUCUCAUCGUAGUGACACACUAGAGUUGCCUUUUUCUGAAGAUGCAGUAUUAGUGGACAAAGAUGUGAUUGAAAAGUUGACUGAAGGAUUAGUCUCUCAUUAUCUACCAGACCUGCAGCAUUCAAAAUUGGCUUUGCAGGAGUUGACAAAAAAUCAGUCUGUACUACUAGACACACUGGACCAAGAAAUUGCUAAAUUCCGUGAAUGUAAUUCAUUACUUGAUAUCAAUGCACUAUUUGUAGAAGCCAAAUUAUACCAUAAUAAAUUGGUAAAUAUAAGAAAGGAAAUGCUAAUGCUGCAUGAAAAAACAACAAAAUUAAAGAAAAGAGCACUGAAACUUCAGCAACAAAAACAUAAAGAGAUACUGGAGCAAGAACAACAAAGAGAGAGGGAGCUGGAAAGGGAGCGUCAGCUUAUUGCAAAACCUGCAAAAAAGACUUAAACCUUUGUGCCAAAGUGAUUGGGAUAUGAAGAGGUCUCCUGUACUCAAGCUUCCAAAAUGAAUAGGCAGACAUUUGAAAUGAGAUAAAGUAUUCAUAUGUAUUUUAUAAAUAUUUUUUUUUUUAAUAAAUGUUGGCAAACUUCAAAUGGAAUAAUUACUAAAACACCAAAUUACAACAGUAUUAUAUUUUAAUGAGUAUUUUAGAAAAUUGCUUUAAAACCUUAAACAGUUUAACAUUUCUGAUGACUUACUAUUGUAAAUGAUGUUUACCUAAUUAUGCACUACCCUCAAACAUGCUGGGGAAGCAUUGAAUCAUCAAUAUUUUUCUAAUUUACGUUUAUAUUCUAAAACAAGAGCUGAAACUAGCACUUGUACAUAUCUAGAUGCAUUCAAAUAUAAAAAAACAAGUAGAUUAAUUUAGAUUUGUUCACUUCAUUUUCUGAUAUGCUUGUCAUUUUUUACUUUGUGAUGGCAAGCUGUAAACAUAUUACGGUACUGUGGUUUGGUUCAGAUGCAGACAUUCUAUAUUUAAAACCUAUCCUGGUAAAACUUAAGGUUUAUAAAUGAUUGUAUUAUAGUGACAAUUAUCUGUCUCCACCUUAUAGAAAAAUUAAUUUUACAGAGCCAGUCUUACAUUGGUAUAUUACACAGGACAAACAUUUUUUUGUUAUUGUUAUUAUUUUGAAAGAUCUUUCAAAAAUAAAUUUUUGUAUUCACACUGGAAAA